UUGAGAAAUGUUUUAAAAAUUACUUCAUGGAUUAUAGGGAUGUUAAAAAAAACAGAUAAUUGCUUGAUAUAUAAUAAAUUGCGGUGGAAUUUCCAGCUUUAACCAUCUUUUUUGUCAACAAAAAAAAACAAUACACUACACAUGGUAUGGUGAAUGGAAUUGUUCCCUCGAAUCGGUUUUUCAUUCGGUACCUUUCGGUCUACCCAACCCGACUGGCUGUUGCCUUCGUGUCCUUGCGCGAGCCUUCCAAAACACUACUUUCCACGGCUUCCACGGACUCGGCAAGGUAUAAAAAGGGACCAAACAUUCCCGGAAGCUUUCAGUAUUAGUGCCAACGCGAACCCACGCGGAAGGGUCCGGGAAGAAAAGCACGUGGCCCGGGGGCACUAACUUUACUAUCGUUCUUCUGGCACGCCCUCUGGCAAAACCGGAAACAUGUGGACAGCAACGAAGUGAAUUUGAAUGCGAUUGUGGGGGUGUGUGAGCGUGUGUGGGUGUUUAGUGAACUUUCGUGUUGGUGUGAGUAAGAGGUGUGAAAUAGUGAUGUGGAUGGAGUUUUGUGUGGAGGAGGAGGAGGGUAUUUGAUUUCUUAGCGAUUCAAACGGGGAAAGGGGGUGUUAUUUGCGCUUGGUGUUGUGUCGGAACGUACCGUCGGAAAUAACGAGACACAGAGACAAACAACACCCAAGCCUGAACAUGUGCUUGUUUCUCCGUGCACAUACGUGGGAGGGUAGCUGCAAAUAGGGGCAUUAGUAGUGGGUGCAAUAGUGAUAGUCGCAGUAGGUUCUGCUCAUCCAUGGCUAACUGUGAUCCGCGUGGAAGUUGUGCGAGAGUUGGUGGGUGCUUGCUUAGUAUUGCGUUCGAUGCUUAGCUGCUUAGUGCGUGUGCGGAAUGCGGACAUCGCGUUACGGUCUCUGACUUAAACGUUUAUCCUUUUCUGUUUCGCCCUAAACCUCCAACGAUGCCCAGUAUAUCUGGCGUUCUGUACGAGGCCUGUGUAGGUUGCAGACAGGAGAAAGAGAAGUGAAAGGACUGCAGCAACGAACAAGAAAGCAGCAGCAGCAGCAGGAGCGUGUUGAUAGUGUUCGAUUAGAGGCGAAACAAAGUGGCAAAGCGAGAGCGCGAGCGCGGAUACUAGUGCGAUACUUAUGCGGGAAUGGCAAGGGAACUACAACUGCCAGAAUAAUGUUGAUGCUAACCCACAUUGGCCCGAAACCGGGCCAAACUAGACCAGCUGUGUGGGCCCCGUCCUUAGCUCUGGUGCUCGCUGCUACACCGAGCCAAUGAGGUUUAAUCGGGGGAAGAAAGGAAGGCAAGCAGCCGACGUCGCGGUAUGAUCGUCAAUUUUUGGCGGAAUGACACAGUUCCGUGGCUGAGUGCACGACGAGCCAGCCUACCGAGUGAUGUUGUGAUUGAGGCUCACGGAUAUCUGUAGCGUUAUUGUGCAGCGAAUUGCCUCUCUCUUUGUCUCUCUCUCUCUCUCUCUCUGUUCGGGGACUCCGGGUAGUCCGCGCUGUGCCCGAUCCGCACAGUUCAAUGGAAGGCUCCAAAGUGGGAGGAACAGUGCCAACUGCUUGAGGCUUGAAACAACCGUCCGGAUUUGCCGAUUGAGAGUGGACGCUUCAUUAACCGCCGGCGCCAUGAGCAUGGAAGAUGAACUAAAUAGCUGUAGCAGCAGUGAUAGCGGUUCGAGCAGCGAGUGCCGAGUUAGCUGCAGCACCAGCAACGGCAGUGGCACGGGACGUAGCAGCAUCAGCAGCAGCGGCGAAAGCACUCCCGCCACCAGCAAUGACAGUGAUAAGGCCAGUGAUACUAGCAGCAGUAGUCUGUGUAGCAGUGAAACCGACAAGGAUAACGAAAGUGAUGCGGACAGAAGGAACGGUUCCCAGUCCGGCAGUACGGCACACAAAAAUGGCACAACCGCAAAGGACGAAACGGGCAGCUGUCGGGUUAGCGACACCGAUAAGGAGGCGGUAGUCGCGGCCGGUGGCAGCAGACCGACGACGACGACGACGACAACGACAACUAUCGGGAAAGUUAUCGAGGGCAAUUUGGGGCCGCUGACAGCGACGGUAAAGUUUAUCAAUCCGUACAAAAACAACUGGAUCAAUGCGGAUCGAUUGAACGAGCUGCGGAAGAAGGUGCAGGACGCGACCAAGCACCACCGCGUCUUUCUGCUGCGCGGCUCCUUCCACACCGUCCGACGGGCGCUGGUCGAGCGGGGAUGGGUCGAAAAGCUGGACGGGUUUCGCGUGAAAGCGCAAGCGUCCACCUCGUCGUCCGGCUUCAUACUGGAGGAUCUGGUGUCGCAGCUGCCGGAGCGCAAGCCGGGCGAGUCGCGCAAAAACCACAUCGCCAAGUGCGAGCGCAGCAUCAUGUCGCGCUUUCUCGAGCACACGCCGAUCGAUUUCCUCUGGACGGCGCGGCGCGAGAAGGCGGACUGGCUCGAUCUGACGAAAAACUCGUCACUCAUCAUUAACCGCUUCGCCAAGGCGCCGUU